AUGUACUGGUCUGCAAAAAAUAUACAUAUAUGGUCUCACUACACCUGCUUCGCUCUCUCUCUCUCUAACAUUCCAUUAAUUUAUUAUCUUCUUCAACCUUCCAAGUUCCAAAGUCUCUCUCUUUCUGCAACAAUGGAUAGUCCGACGAGCAUACGUAGUAAACCACCACCGGAGACUCUUUCUCCUUGCGGUAGCCAACGUCGGAGAAGCAGCUGCGACUCUAACCCACCUGAGUUCGAGUUCUGGCGUCUAUCCAACAACUCUUCGUUUCCUCAACCCGACUCAGAUCUCCUCUCCGCCGACGAGCUUUUCCACGACGGCGUUCUUUUACCUCUUCAUCUCCUCUCCGUCAAAUCAGAGCUUCCAGCCGACCCGAAUAUCCCGGAAUGCGACCCGGAUCCAUCUCCUUCUCCCGCUGCUUUGAUUACAGAGCAAAAAACAGAGCUUGAACCCGGUUUAGGAUCCGAGUUGACCCGAGAGACUACGGUUUCGAAGCGGUGGAGAGAUAUUUUCAGGAAGAGCGAAACCAAACCGCCGGGGAAGAAAGAGAAGGUGAAGGAGAGUAAGAAGAAGGACAAGAAAAUCGGGUCGGGUCCUGGUUCGGGUUCUGGAGCGGAGCUGAACAUCAACAUUUGGCCGUUUUCAAGAAGUAGAUCCGCUGGGAACAACGUGACCCGGCCGAGAAUGUCUUUCGGAGCUCCGACGACCCGGAAAGUCAGCAGCGCCCCGUGCUCACGUAGCAACUCCACCGGAGAAUCUAAGUCGAGGAAGUGGCCGAGUAGUCCAGGUCGUAACGGUGUGCAUCUUGGACGGAGCAGCCCGGUUUGGCAAGUCCGUCGUGGAGGUGGAGGAGCUCCGGCUGGGAAAACGGUACCCGAACCGAUGGGUCGGGCUGUGGGCAAAAGGGAGGUUCCCGAGACACGUAGGGGUAAAACGGUAAUUGAGAGCAAUAACAAUAAAGCAAAAGUGUUGAACUUGAACGUGCCUAUGUGCAUCGGUUAUCGGAGCCGGUUAAGCUGCAGAACCGACGAGAGUGGUGGUAAUAGUAACAACAUUGGGAGUGACAACAACGAUAGUAAUAACAACGCCAAUCCUAUGAAUCCUAAUCCUAAUCCUAAUGGUUUAUUUGGCUUUCGUAAUCUCUUCGUUAAGAAAGUUUAUUGACCUUUUAUUUGUUUUGGCUUUUGUAUGAUAUUAUACUAGUAGUAAAUUAGUAAUCUUUUGUAAAAGUGUUCAUUUUAUCAAAAAGACCCUCUUAUUAUAUAGUCCCGAGGGUCCAUUUAUAUUGUUCUUAAUCCCUUUGUUGCUACUUUUGCUGUUUAGUACGAUGUGUGUGUGUGGAUUCAGGCAGAUUGAUUAUAUAAUUAUAUCAUGUAAAUUAGAACUCGAUCGCUUUUUAAUAUUAUCAUGGGUUGGUUU